GUGAGCUUCCUUGCGCCGCUGAUCCGGUUUCGGUAUGGGCUCAGUUGUGCACUGUUCCCGUUAGGACAUAUUGGAUUUCCCCGCGGAAAUAAAACGACACGUCUGGAGUUUUGCGCUAGUGCUCAGUGAUUCUCCGUCGGGCGUGUUUGAUCAGAUACUUAUGCCACAUCUGCGUAGCAAGUCCAAAACUGGAAGGCAAACCAAACUAAAAGAGUUUUCUGGAUAUUUGAACUAAUCUGACCGGGUCACUCAUGGAUGAGGAUAGCCCUCUGGCCCUGGCUGACAUCUGCCUGGCUUGGGUGAGCCGUAACUUGGAGACACUGUGCACUGUAUGUGAGGAUGGCUCACUGCAGUUCUACUCCUGCCCUGUGUUUCCUCAAGAGCUCUCUGACCUCCUCCUACACGCCAUGACUGACAUGGGAGUGCUUGAUGACAGAACUGUCGGAGUGUUCCGGAAUGUGGAGCGCUUGCGCCUGAAGAGGGCAUGGCUUCACUCAUCCUGCCUCUCCGCCGAUGCCUUCCGCCAGGCUCUCUGCAUGCACCGCCUCCAGGAGCUCAAUGCGUCCUGCCUUGGUGGUGACAUCACUGUCUCAGACAUCCUCCACGGCCUCUCGUCCAAUAAGGACUGCCGACAGGGGCUCCAGAGGCUGACCGUCAUCGGCAUGAACCUCCUCAGUGCCGCCUCAGACCCCAGCCCAAGGUUCAGUGCUCUGCGUGGCCUGCGGUGUCUCUGCGUGGCCUGGACGCAGCUGGACGACUCAGGGCUGGAAGACAUCUGCUCACUCCCUCUCCUGGAGAGCCUAGACAUCUCCGGCACGUCUGUUACGGACCUGGCCCCGCUGCGGAGCCUCCGUGCUGGGCUGCGGUCCCUCACUGUUCAUGGGCUCCGUAAACUGGCCAUGCCUGCCGCCGAUCUCCUCUCCGUCCUCACCAGCCUGGAGCUCCUCAGGCACCUGGACGUCUCCAACAGCCGGCUGGUGGCGGACCGCGAGGGCCUGGUCAGGCAGCUCCUGGAACGCACAGGCACCCUGGAGGAGUUGGUGUCCCUGGACGUGUCUGGUUGGAGGGGGGUGAGUGACGCUACUGUGCAGGCCUUCGUGGAGGCACGGCCGGGGAUGCGCUUUCUGGGUCUGCUGGCCACGGGCGCUGGAGGAUCUAACUUCCUGUCUGGAGAAGGAUGUCUGAAGGUGACUGGGGAGCACAACCUGGCGCAGGUGAAUGAGGCCCUGAGGAGGUACGUAGAGAGGAAGAGCUUCCUGCAGGAGGUGCUGCGUCACCUCCACAUCCUCAUCAGCGAGCUGGACGUCGGCCCCCAGCCCGAGGUCCUAAAGUUGGUGUGCUCAGCAAUGCAGAAGCACUCUGACUCGGCCAGCGUGCAGCUGGUGGCCACUGCCUGCGUGUUCAACCUGACCAGUCUGGAGCUGGCGCAGGAAAUGCCACUAAGCCUGCUGGGAAAUGUAGUCCGGCAGGUGCUUGCUGCCAUGAAGAACUUUCCCAGCAAUGAACAGAUACAGAAGAACUGCCUGUUUUCUCUGUGUAGUGAUUAUGUCCUGCAGGUCGUCCCGUUCAACAGGUAUGAGACAGCCAGGCAGGUCAUCAUGAGUCUCGCCUCCUAUGACAAUGAGACCUUGCAGAGGAUAUGUGUAGCGGUUGUCUCCCUGCUGGUGUCCAAGUUGGGUGUGGAGGAGUUGGCCCAGUUUGGAGGAGAUGAGAUGAUUGUAAAGCAGCUGCUGAGUAUUGUCCAACAGAGGGCAUCGGUGGGGGCUGUGGACUCUGUGCUGAACUUUGCCCUCACCACCCUGUGGAACCUCACGGACGAAAGGCCCUACACAUGCCUGCUGUUCCUGCAGUGCCAGGGUCUGGAGCUCUACAUGGAAGUGCUAGAGACGUACAUCUUUGAGCCUAGUACCCAGAAGAAGGUUCUGGGUCUUCUGAACAACCUGGCAGAGGUGGAGGACUUGCGUGGGGCCUUGCUGGACGAGGAGCUGCUGGAGUACGUGGUGUCCGUCCUGAGCAGUCCUGCCGUAGCGGUGGAGGUCAGCUACUUCGCUGGGGGAGUGCUGGCCAACCUCACGUCCAGCAGGGGGCCUGCGUGGGACCUGGACACACAGCUCCGGGACACCAUCCUACAGGAGCUGCAUGCCUCUGUGCUGUCAUGGACUCCUCCUGAUCAUGUGAUGGUGUCCUACAGGUCAUUCCAGCCCUUUUAUCCUCUCCUCCAUCACUCUCAGGCAUCUGGAGUGCAGCUCUGGGCACUCUGGGGCAUUCACCUCGUCUGCCGCCAUGAUGUGUCUCAGUAUAGCAGGAUACUGACCGUGGAAGGGGGAUUGGACACAAUCAGAGCCCUGACCUCUGACCCACACACCCACAGAGACGUUCAGCAGCUGGCCCUAAACAUUCUCACCCUCGUGGAGCCUGGUGCUACCAGCACAGCUGAAGAGUCUGUGAGGGAGGAGCCAUGUGUCUGAAGGAGGUGGGGUCAGCUCAGGGGAGGGGGUUGGGUCAGCUGAGAGGGUGGAAGUAUGUUGGACUCAAAAGAAGCAUGUUUUGUGUAAUUGUGGACUUAGCACAUAUGGAUGACAAAAGCGGAACGUUGCAGGUUUGUAGCAUCAUGCGAAAAACUAAAAAUCUUUCUUGUAUAGUCUGACUUUCAGGAUAUGCUUGUUAUGUCUCUCUGUCUGUCUGUCAGUCUUGGUCAAGGCUUAAGCUGGCACAUCGCGUACAGUGUGGUAUGCAACAAGCGUGUGAGUGCUGUAAUUGCAGUGUAAAGUGAUUGCAUGACUCAGAAUAACCUGUGAAACUAAUUGGUUCUUCUCGUGCUCUGCUUACAUGGUGUGGUAAAGUUACAUCAGACAUCAAGCUUAAGUUAAUAUGUUUUAUUUAUUUUUAUUUUAGAAAAAAAUGUUUUUAGAUAUUUUGAGAUGAGACAGGCAAGUUAUUUUAAGGUAAUAGAAUCUGGUGUCUGAUAAAGUCACACAGGUAAUAAUGUUUACAACAUGGGACUUUAGCAAAUUUCACACAUCAGGUUCAAGGCUAGAAGCCUGAGUUUAUAUGACUGGGCAGGUUAACUGAUAAGAUCCACUGAUUGAAACAGCUGAAACAGCACUUAUAUCCUGUACAACAUGGGAUUCAAGUCUUAACAGGACACUUCCCCAAACAGGAGUGCUUUCAUUUCAUGUUAUUUAUAAACUUUCUUUACAUUAAUGAGUAAACUUGAAUGUGCCACAGAUAAACGCAGAUAAACCACAGAUAAAGGCAGAUAAACCUCUCAAGUGUCAAAUCCAGUGUGAUGCAGUUACAGAACAACAUAUUACCAAGGUGUGUGAACAAAUGCUGCUUUUUUUGCCGGCUUCCUAUUUGAAAUGUAAAUGAAAUUUGAUGGGAAACCAGCCUAUGAAUGCGAGUAAGCCCGUUCUUCACGUCAGUCCUGGUCUCUGCUCACAGGGUGUUCAUGUCAGUCCUGAUCUCUGCUCACAGGGUGUUCUUUCUGUUGGACCAAGCAGUAAUACAAGGUUUUUCAUGUAGAUAUUCAUGUAGUUGGUGAACACAAGAUUGCAUGAUUGUUACAGUGUGAUGAGAACAACUUUAACCCAACAUAAACCUACACGAGAACACAAUCAAGAGCUGGCGGACCCAUUCAUAAAGAAUUUAUUUGCAGCAUCAUAAGACAUUAACAAUAAGAUUAUUGUUAAUGGUAUACAAGUAUCAUACUGAGCCCAGAGCGGAGAUAUGUAUUAGAAUGUAAACACAGUUUAGACAGCACUUUUAAAAAAAGAACUUGCCACAUCUGUAACUUAAUGUCAAGCAGACAUUACCUUCAAAAACCCCAAACAAUAAAAAACUACAGGAAGCAA